AUGCAGUUCCCCAUGGGCCCCGCCUGCAUCUUCUUGAGGAAAGGCAUUGCUGAGAAACAGCGGGAAAGACCACUGGGACAAGAUGAGAUUGAAGAGCUGCGGGAAGCAUUUCUUGAGUUCGAUAAGGACCGAGAUGGGUUCAUCUCUUGUAAGGAUCUGGGGAAUCUCAUGAGGACGAUGGGUUACAUGCCCACGGAGAUGGAACUGAUUGAGCUCGGCCAGCAAAUCCGCAUGAACCUGGGUGGCCGUGUAGACUUUGAUGACUUUGUGGAGCUGAUGACCCCCAAAUUGCUUGCAGAAACAGCUGGGAUGAUCGGUGUCCAGGAGAUGCGGGAUGCCUUCAAGGAGUUUGACACGAAUGGAGAUGGGGAGAUCACCCUGGCGGAGCUACAGCAGGCCAUGCAGAGACUCCUGGGGGAGCGGCUCACCCCCCGGGAGAUCUCUGAGGUUGUCCGGGAGGCUGAUGUUAAUGGAGACGGCACCGUUGACUUUGAAGUAAUACGGAUUCGUGGCAUCUCCAGAGUUUAUUGCCUAUUUCCUUCUGAGACCGUGGACCAAUUCCUUCAUCAUCACUAUAUCCCCAAAUCCUAG